GAGAGGGAAGGCAAAAAAGACAAGAGCCAGAGGGGUAGAGAGAGCGCGCCGUUCCCUCCGGAGUUGCCCAGCUGCUGGAGGAGUCUGGAUUGUGUCCCCAGUGUCAGAUGAAAGGGCUCUGAGGCUCGCGGCCGCUGCCCCGGGACCCGCGCCGCGCACGCCCCUCCGCGAGCCGCCCGCCCGGCGUCUCUCCAGGCCGGGGCCGCUGCCUGCGCGCGCUCCGGGCGGCCGCUCCGUCAGCAGCGCGAUGUGGCCGCGCCUGGCCUUUUGUUGCUGGGGUCUGGCGCUCGUUUCGGGCUGGACGACCUUUCAGCAGAUGGCCCCGUCGCGCAAUUUCAGCUUCCGCCUCUUCCCCGAGGCCGCAGCCGGGGACCCGGGGCGGCUGCCCGAGCCGACCGCGCCGAGCGAGGACGCCCGGGAGAGCAAAGUGGAGCGGCUGGGCCAGACGUUCCGGCGGCGCGUGCGGCGGCUGCGGGAGCUCAGCGAGCGCCUGGAGCUCGUCUUCCUGGUGGACGAGUCGUCCAGCGUGGGCCGAGCCAACUUCCUCAGCGAGCUCAAGUUUGUCCGCAAGCUGCUGUCCGACUUCCCCGUGGUGCCCACGGCCACGCGCGUGGCCAUCGUGACCUUCUCGUCCAAGAACAACGUGGUGCCGCGCGUCGAUUACAUCUCCUCCAGCCGCGCGCACCAGCACAAGUGCGCGCUGCUCAGCAGCGAGAUCCCGGCCAUCACCUACCGCGGUGGAGGCACCUACACCAAGGGCGCGUUCCAACAAGCCGCGCAAAUUCUUCGUAAUUCUAGAGAAAACUCCACCAAAGUUAUAUUUCUCAUUACGGAUGGAUAUUCCAAUGGGGGAGAUCCCAGGCCAAUUGCAACCUCACUGAGAGAUUUUGGAGUGGAGAUCUUCACUUUCGGCAUAUGGCAAGGAAACAUUAGAGAACUGAAUGACAUGGCUUCCAACCCAAAGGAGGAGCACUGCUACCUGCUCCACAGUUUUGAAGAAUUUGAGGCUUUAGCUCGCCGGGCAUUGCAUGAAGAUCUGCCUUCUGGGAGUUUUAUUCAAGAGGAUAUGUCCCAUUGCUCACAUCUUUGUGAAGCCGGCAAAGACUGCUGUGACAGAAUGGCAAGCUGCAAAUGUGGGACACACACAGGCCAAUAUGAGUGCAUCUGUGAAAAGGGGUAUUAUGGGAAAGGACUACAAUAUGAAUGCACAGCUUGCCCAUCGGGGACAUACAAACCUGAAGGCUCACCAGGAGGAAUCAGCACUUGCAUUCUGUGUCCUGAUGAAAAUCACACCUCUCCACCCGGAAGCACAUCCCCAGAAGACUGUGUCUGCAAGGAGGGGUAUCGGGCAUCCGGCCAAACCUGCGAAGUUGUCCACUGCCCUACCCUAAAGCCUCCUGAAAAUGGUUACUUUGUACAAAACACUUGCAACAACCACUUCAAUGCAGCCUGUGGGGUCCGGUGUCACCCUGGAUUUGACCUCGUGGGAAGCAGCAUCUUCUUGUGUCAACCCAAUGGUUUGUGGUCGGGUUCAGAGACCUCCUGCAGAGUGCGAACCUGUCCCCAUCUCCGCCAGCCCAAACAUGGCCGCAUCAGCUGUUCUACGGGGGAAAUGUCCUAUAGACAACAACGUUUGGUUACCUGUGAUGAAGGCUACAGGCUAGAAGGAAGUGCGAAGCUCACCUGCCAAGGAAACUCCCAGUGGGAUGGUCCAGAACCUUGGUGUCUGGAGCGCCACUGCCCCAGCUUUCAGAGGCCCAAAGGUGUCUUCGUGUUCCCCCCCACCUGUGGCAAGCAGCCCGCCAAACUGGGGACUGUCUGUCAGCUCAGUUGCCGCCAGGGUUUCAUUUUAUCUGGAGGCAGAGAAGAAGUGAGGUGUACCACCUCGGGAAAAUGGAGUGCCAAACUUCAGACAUGUGUCUGUAGAUCAGAUGUGGAGGCUCCCCAAAUCAGCUGUCCUAAGGACAUCGAGGCUAAGACCUCAGAACAACAAGACUCGGCUAAUAUUACCUGGCAAAUCCCAAUAGCUAAAGACAACUCUGGUGAAAAGGUGUCAGUCCACGUACAUCCAGCUUUUACCCCACCCUACCUUUUCCCAAUUGGAGACGUUGCUAUCACAUACACAGCAAUUGACCUGUCCAGCAACCAAGCCAGCUGUACUUUCCAUAUCAAGGUUAUUGAUGUAGAACCACCUGUCAUAGACCGGUGCAGAUCCCCACCUCCGAUCCAGGCCUCAGACAAGGAGCACGCUGCAACCUGGGAUGAGCCUCAGUUCUCAGACAACUCAGGGUCCGUGUUGGUCAUCACCAGAAGUCACACACCGGGAGACCUUUUUCCCCAGGGGGAGACUAUAGUGCGAUAUACAGCCACUGAUCCAUCAGGCAAUAGCAGGACAUGUGAUAUCCACAUCAUCAUAAAAGGUUCUCCUUGUGAAGUUCCAUUCACACCUGUAAAUGGGGAUUUUGUUUGUACUCAAGAUAGUACUGGAGUAAACUGCACACUAAGUUGCUUGGAGGGCUAUGACUUCACAGAAGGGUCCACUGAGAAGUAUUAUUGUGCUUAUGAAGAUGGUAUCUGGAAACCUCCAUAUUCCACCAAAUGGCCAGACUGUGCUAUAAAACGUUUUGCAAAUCAUGGGUUCAAGUCCUGUGAGAUGCUAUACAAAGCAACUCGCUGUGAUGACACAGAUCUGCUGAAGAAGUUUUCUGACGCGUUUGAGACUACCCUGGGGAAAAUGGUUCCAUCAUUCUGCAGUGAUGCUGGUGACAUUGACUGCAGACUGGAGGACCUGACCAAACAAUAUUGCCUGGAAUAUAAUUAUGACUAUGAAAAUGGCUUUGCAAUUGGACCGGGUGGUUGUGGUGAAGCUAAUAGAGUGGAUUAUUCUUACGAUGACUUCUUAGACUCUGUGCAAGAAACACCCACAGGCACUGGCAAAGCCAGAUCUUCACGGACCAUAAGAAGCAUCCCAAUGUCUGACCACAAAAUUAAGUUAAUGUUUAACAUCACAGCUAGUGUGCCAUUACCUGAUGAAAGAAAUGAUACCCUUGAAUUGGAAAAUCAGCAACGACUCAUUAAGACACUGGAAUCGAUCACAAAUCGACUGAAGAGGAUCCUCAAUAAGGAACCCAUGUAUUCUUUUCAGCUUUCAUCUGAAGUACUUAUAGCCGAAAGCAAUUCGUUAGAAACAGAACAGGCUUUUCUCUUCUGCAGACCAGGCUCAGUGCUGAGAGGGCGUAUGUGUGUCAACUGCCCGUUGGGAACCUAUUAUUCUCUGGAGCGCUUGGUCUGUGAAAGCUGUUUGAUGGGAUCCUACCAAGAUGAAGAAGGGCAACUGGAGUGCAAGCCCUGUCCAGCUGGGACUUACACUGAAUAUCUCCAUUCGAGAAGCAUCUCUGAGUGUAAAGCUCAGUGCAAGCAAGGCACCUACUCACCCAGUGGACUUGAAAUGUGUGAAUCAUGUCCUCUGGGCUCUUAUCAACCAGGCUUUGGUUCUCGGAUCUGCUUCUUUUGUCCAGAAAACACUUCAACUGUGAAAAGAGGAGCCGUGAACAUUUCUGCUUGUGGAGUACCUUGUCCAGUAGGAGAAUUCUCUCGUUCUGGACUAAUGCCUUGCUAUCCGUGCCCUCAAGACUAUUAUCAACCCAACCCAGGGAAGUCCUUUUGCUUAGCUUGUCCCUUUUAUGGAACUACAACAAUCACUGGUGCAAGAUCCAUCACAGAUUGUUCAAGUUUUAGUUCUGCUUUCUCGGCAGCAGAGGAAAGUGUACUGCCCCUUGUCUCUCCUAGACAAAGUACAAAGAAGUAUGAAGUCAGCAGCCAGGUUUUCCAUGAAUGCUUCUUAAACCCUUGCCACAAUAGUGGCACCUGCCAACAACUUGGACAUGGUUACAUUUGCCUCUGUCCACCUGGAUACACAGGCUUAAAGUGUGAAAUAGACAUUGACGAAUGCAGCUCGGUGCCAUGCCUCAACAAUGGAAUUUGUAAAGACCACAUUGGGGAAUUUGUUUGUGAGUGCCCAUCCGGUUAUGCAGGUCAACUAUGUGAAGAAAAUAUAAACGAGUGUAGCUCCAGUCCUUGUUUAAAUAAAGGAACCUGCGUUGAUGGCUUGGCCGGCUACCACUGCACAUGUGUAAAAGGAUUCAUAGGCCUCCACUGUGAAACAGAAGUCAAUGAAUGCCAGCCACGUCCAUGCUUAAAUAAUGCAGUCUGUGAAGACCAGGUUGGGGGGUUCUUGUGCAAAUGUCCACCUGGAUUUUUGGGUACCCGAUGUGAAAAAAACAUUGAUGAGUGUCUCAGUCAACCGUGCAAAAAUGGAGCCACCUGUAAAGACAGUAUCAAUAGCUUCAGAUGCCAGUGUGCCCCAGGCUUCACAGGAGCAUUCUGUGAAUUGAACAUCAACGAAUGUCAAUCUAACCCAUGUAGAAAUCAGGCCACCUGUGUGGAUAAGUUAAACUCAUACAGUUGCAAAUGCCAGCCAGGAUUUUCAGGCAGCAGGUGUGAAACAGAACAGUCUACGGGCUUUAACCUGGAUUUUGAAGUUUCUGGUAUCUAUGGCUACGUCAUGCUGGAUGGCGUGCUUCCAUCACUCAGUGCUGUGACCUGCACGUUCUGGAUGAAAUCCUCUGACUCCUUCAACUAUGGAACACCAAUCUCCUACGCAUUAGAGAAUGGCAGUGACAAUACCUUCCUCCUGACCGAUUAUAAUGGCUGGGUUCUCUAUGUGAAUGGCAAGGAAAGGAUAACAGACUGCCCAGCAGUGAAUGAUGGCAGUUGGCAUCAUAUUGCAAUCACUUGGACAAGUGCAGAUGGAGCCUGGAAAGUGUAUAUUGAUGGGAAAUUAUCUGAUGGUGGCACUGGCCUCUCUGUUGGGUCAGCCAUACCUGGUGGUGGUGCAUUAGUUCUUGGGCAAGAGCAAGACAAAAAAGGAGAGGGCUUCAACCCAGCCGAGUCUUUUGUGGGAUCCAUGAGCCAGCUCAACCUCUGGGACUAUGUUCUGACUCCACACCAGGUGAAAUCGCUGGCUACCUCAUGCCCAGAAGAACUCAAUAAAGGAAAUGUGCUAGCCUGGCCUGAUUUCCUGUCGGGAAUUGUGGGGAAAGUGAAUAUCGAUUCCGAGAGCAUAUUCUGUUCUGAUUGCCCACCUUUGGAAAGAUCCGUACCUCAUCUGCGAACAGCAUCAGCAGAUUUAAAGCCAGGCUCCAAAGUCAGUCUGUUCUGUGAGCCAGGCUUCCAGAUGGUCGGGAACCCUGUACAGUCCUGUUUGAAUCAAGGACAAUGGACACAACCACUUCCUCACUGUGAACGCAUUAGUUGUGGGGUGCCACCCCCUCUGGAGAAUGGCUUUUAUUCAGCUGAGGACUUCUAUGCUGGCAGCACAGUGACUUACCAGUGCAAUAACGGCUAUUAUCUGUUGGGUGAUUCGAGGAUGUUCUGUAUAGACAGUGGGAGCUGGAAUGGCAUUUCACCUUCAUGCCUGGAUGUUGAUGAAUGUGCAGUCGGAUCAGAUUGCAGUGAGCAUGCUUCCUGCCUGAAUACUAACGGAUCCUACAUGUGCUCGUGUAUCCCGCCAUACACAGGAGAUGGUAAACAUUGUGCAGAACCUAUAAAAUGUAGGACUCCAGGAAAUCCAGAAAAUGGCCACUCUUCUGGUGAGAUUUACACUGUGGGUGCCGAAGUCGUAUUUUCUUGCGAAGAAGGCCAUCAGCUGAUGGGAGUAACCAAAAUCACGUGUUUGGAGUCUGGAGAAUGGAGUCAUCUGAUACCAUAUUGUGAACCUAUUUCCUGUGGUGCACCAGCUAUUCCAGAAAAUGGUGGCAUUGAUGAGUCAUCGUUUACCUAUGGCAGUAAAGUGACGUACAGGUGUAAUAAAGGAUAUAAUUUGGCUGGUGAUAAAGAAUCAUCCUGCCUUGCUAGCGGUUCUUGGAGUCAUUCUCCUCCCAUGUGUGAAUUGGUGAAGUGUUCCAGUCCCAGAAACAUAAAUGAUGGAAAAUACAUUUUGAGUGGGCUCACCUACCUUUCUACUGCAUCAUAUUCGUGUGACAGCGGAUAUAGCUUACAGGGCCCUUCCAUCAUUGAAUGCACGGCACAAGGCAGCUGGGACAAAGCACCACCUACCUGUCACCGUGUCUUCUGCGGAGAGCCUCCUGCCAUCAAAGAUGCUAUUAUCAUCGGGAGUAACUUCACUUUUGGGAACACUGUCACUUACACUUGCAAGGAAGGCUAUACCCUUGCUGGUCCUGCCACCAUCGAAUGCCUGGCCGAUGGCAAGUGGAGUGGCAGUAACCAGCAGUGUCUGGCUGUCUCCUGUGAUGAGCCUCCCAAUGUUCAACAUGCCUCUCCUGAGACUGCGCAUCGGUUAUUUGGAGACAUUGCAUUCUACUACUGCUUGGAUGGCUACAGCCUGGCAGACAACUCCCAGCUCCUCUGCAAUGCCCGGGGCAAGUGGGUUCCCCCUGAGGGUCAGGCCAUGCCCCGUUGUAUAGCUCAUUUCUGUGAAAACCCCCCAUCUGUUUCCUACAGCAUCUUGGAAACUGUGAGCAAAGCAAAAUUUGCAGCUGGCUCAUCUGUGAGCUUCAAAUGCAUGGAAGGUUUCGUGCUGAACACCUCAGCAAAGAUUGAAUGUCUGAUAGGCGGGCAGUGGAGCCCUUCCCCCCUGUCCAUCCAGUGCAUCCCCGUGCGAUGUGGAGAGCCACCGAGCAUCAGGAAUGGCUACGCAAGUGGGUCUAACUACAGUUUUGGGGCCAUGGUGGCUUAUAGCUGCAACAAGGGGUUCUACAUCAAAGGGGAGAAGAAGAGCACAUGUGAAGCCACAGGACGGUGGAGUGGCCCCAUUCCCACGUGCCACCCUGUCUCCUGCAAUGAGCCACCCAAGGUUGAGAAUGGCUUUCUGGAGCACACAACUGGCAGGAUCUUUGAGAGUGAAGCGAGCUAUCGGUGUAACCUGGGCUAUAAAUCAGUUGGGAGUCCUGUAUUUGUCUGCCAAGCCAAUCGCCACUGGCACAGUGAAUCUCCUCUGUCUUGUAUCCCGCUCAACUGUGGAAAACCUCCCCCAAUCCAGAAUGGCUACAUGAAAGGAGAAAACUUUGAAGUAGGAUCCAAAGUUCAAUUUUUCUGUAACGAGGGUUAUGAGCUUAUUGGUGACAGUUCUUUGACAUGCCAGAAAUCUGGCAAAUGGAAUAAGAAACCAAACCAAAAGUGUGUGCCUGUCAAGUGCCCAGAGCCACCUCUCCUGGAGAACCAGGUAGUUUUGAAGGAGUUGGCUACUGAGGCUGGAGUGGUGAUGUUUUCCUGUAGAGAAGGUCAUGCCCUACAAGGCCCCUCUGUUCUGAAAUGCUUGCCAUCCCAGCAAUGGAAUGAUUCUUUUCCUGUUUGCAAGAUGGUUCUUUGCCUCCCACCUCCACUAAUUUCCUUUGGUGUCCCUGCUCCUUCUUCGGCACUUCAUUUUGGAAGCACUGUCAAAUAUUCUUGUGUGGAUGGGUUUUUUCUAAGAGGAGAUCCUUCUACCUCCUGCCAGGCUGAUGGCACCUGGAGCUCUCCAUUGCCGGAAUGUGUUCCAGUAGAAUGUCCCCACCCCGAGGAAAUCCUCAAUGGCAUCAUCGAUGUGCAAGGUCUUGCCUAUCUCAGCACAGCUCUCUACACCUGCAAGCCAGGCUUUGAGUUGGUAGGAAACACUACUACCCUUUGCGGAGAAAAUGGCCAAUGGCUUGGAGGAAAACCAACAUGUAAACCCAUUGAGUGUCCAGUGCCAAAGGAGAUUUUGAAUGGCAAAUUCUCGUACACCAGCCUACACUUUGGGCAGUCCGUUACAUAUUCUUGUGACCAAGGCUUCAGGCUUGAAGGUCCCAAAGUCUUGACCUGUUUAGAGACAGGUGGUUGGGAUGUGGAUGUCCCAUCUUGCAAUGCCAUACACUGUAACCCCCCACAACCCAUUGAAAAUGGUUUUGUAGAAGGUGCAGAUUAUAGCUAUGGUGCCAUGAUCAUCUACAGCUGCUUCCCUGGGUUCCAUGUGGCUGGUCACGCCAUGCAGACCUGUGAAGAGUCAGGCUGGUCAAGCUCCAUCCCCACAUGUGUACCCACAGACUGUGGACUUCCUCCUCACAUAGACUUUGGAGACUGUACUAAGGUCAAGGAUGGCCAGGGAUAUUUUGACCAAGACGACAACAUGAUGGAGGUUCCAUAUCUGACUCCUCAACCUCCUCAUCUGGGAGCAGUCACUAAAAUCUUGGAAAAUACAAAGGAGUCUCCUUCUGCACAUUCAUCAAACUUUCUAUACGGCACCAUGGUUUCAUAUACCUGUAAUCCAGGAUAUGAACUUUUGGGCAACCCUGUGCUGUUCUGCCAGGAAGAUGGAAUGUGGAAUGGCAGUGCACCUUCCUGCAUUUCAAUUGAAUGUGACUUGCCGGUUGCUCCUGAAAAUGGCUUUUUGCAUUUUACAGAGACUACCAUGGGCAGUGCAGCACAGUAUAGCUGCAAACCUGGGCACAUUCUACUGGGCUCUGACAUAAGACUUUGUCUACAGAAUAAAGAGUGGAGUGGUGUCUCCCCAGUCUGUGAAGCCAUUUCAUGCAAAAAGCCAAAUCCUGUCGUGAAUGGAUCCAUCAAAGGAAGCAAUUACACAUACCUGAGUGUGUUGUAUUAUGAGUGUAACCCUGGAUAUGUGCUAAACGGCACUGAAAGGAGGACAUGCCAAGAAAAUAAAAAUUGGGAUGGGAAUGAGCCAGUUUGCAUUCCUGUAGGCUGUGGUUCACCCCCAAUCUCAGCCAAUAGCCAAGUGAAAGGAGAUGAGUACACAUUCCAAAAAGAGGUUGAGUACACUUGCAAUGAAGGGUUCUUGCUGGAGGGAGCCAGGAGUCGUGUUUGUCUCGCAGAUGGAAGUUGGAAUGGAGCCACUCCCAUCUGUGUGCCUGUCAGAUGUACCACCCCUCCGCAGGUGGCAAAUGCAGUGAUGGAUGGCCUGGACUAUAGCUUUGGGAAGGAAGUGGCAUUCCACUGUCAAGAGGGCUACGUGCUGCAUGGUGCUCCAAAGCUCACCUGUCAAUCAGAUGGUAAGUGGGAUGCCGAGGUUCCUCUCUGUAAACCAGUCAACUGUGGACCUCCUGAAGAUCUCACCCAUGGCUUCCCUAAUGGCUUUUCCUUUUUUCAUGGGGGGCAUAUACAGUACCAGUGCUUUCCCAGUUACAAGCUCCAAGGAAAUCCUUCAAGAAGGUGUCUCUCCAAUGGCUCCUGGAGUGGCAGCACGCCUUCCUGCCUGCCUUGCAGGUGUUCUCCACCAGUAAUUCAAAAUGGAGCUGUCAAUGGGACAGAUUUUGGUUGUGGAAAGGCAGCCCGCGUCCGGUGCUUCAAAGGCUUCAAGCUCCUGGGACUUUCUGAAAUCAACUGUGAGGCCAACGGCCAAUGGAGCUCAGGUUUCCCACGCUGUGAACACAAUUCAUGUGGUUCUCCCCCAAUAAUAUCAAAUGCAUUCAUCACUGAGAGUGGCUCUUUGGAAGAAAAUGUGAUAACAUACAGCUGCAGGGCUGGGUAUGUCUUACAAGGCAAUGCAGACCUAACCUGUACAGAGAAAGGGGUGUGGAGCCCGCCUUAUCCAGUCUGUGAGCCCCUGUCCUGUGGACCCCCACCAGCUGUUGCCAAUGCAGUGGCAACUGGAGAGGCACACACCUAUGAAAGCAAAGUGCAAUUCAGGUGUCUGGAAGGUUAUAUGAUGGAUACAGACAUAGAUACAGUCACCUGUCAGAAAGAUGGUCAUUGGUUCCCUGAGAGAAUCUCUUGCAGUCCUAUAAAAUGUCUUCUUCCGGCAAAUAUAACACACAUUCUUAUUCAUGGGGAUGAUUUCAGCAUGAAUAAGCACGUUUCUGUGUCAUGUAAAGAAGGGUAUACCUAUGAAGGAGUUAACAUAUCAAUGUGUCAGCUUGAUGGCACUUGGGAGCCACCGUUUUCUGAUGAAUCCUGCAGUCCGGUUUCUUGCGGAAAACCCGAAAGUCCAGAACAUGGAAUUGUGGUUGGCAGUAAAUACAGCUUUGAAAGCAUAAUUCUUUAUCAGUGUGAACCUGGGUAUGAAUUAGAGGGGAACAGGGAGCGCGUCUGUCAGGAGAACAGAGAGUGGAGUGGAAAGGUAGCAACAUGCAAAAAGGCCAGGUGUGAAGCCCCACUUGAAUUUCUGAACGGGAAGGUCGAAGUGGCAAAUACUACAUCUGGGCCCAGCGUGGGGUAUUUCUGCAACAGAGGCUACAGUCUUGAAGGAGCUCCUGAAGCCCACUGCACUGAGGAUGGAAGUUGGAGCCACCCAGUUCCUGUCUGCAAACCAAAUCCAUGCCCUGUCCCUUUUGUGAUCCCCGAGAAUGCGGUGCUUUCUGAAAAGGAAUUUUACGUGGAUCAGAACGUCUCUAUCAGGUGUAGGGAAGGCUUCCAGCUCCAGGGCGAGGGUGUUAUUACCUGCAACCCCGAUGAGACCUGGACGCAGACAAGUGCCAAAUGUGCAAAAAUCUCUUGUGGCCCACCAGCUCAUGUAGAAAAUGCAAUUGCUAGAGGCGUACAUUAUCAGUAUGGGGACAUGAUCACCUACUCAUGUUACAGUGGAUACAUGCUAGAGGGCUCCCUGAGGAGUAUUUGCUUAGAAAACGGAACUUGGACAUCACCUCCUAUUUGCAGAGCUGUCUGUCGAUUCCCGUGUCAGAAUGGAGGUAUCUGCCAACGCCCAAAUGCUUGCUCCUGUCCAGAUGGCUGGAUGGGGCACCUCUGUGAAGAACCAAUAUGCAUUCUUCCCUGUCUGAACGGUGGUCGCUGCGUGGCCCCCUAUCAGUGUGCUUGCCCACCUGGCUGGACUGGGUCCCGCUGUCAUGCAGCCGUUUGCCAGGCUCCCUGCUUAAAUGGUGGGAAAUGUGUAAGACCAAACCGAUGCCACUGCCUCUCAGCUUGGACAGGACCCGAUUGUUCCAGGAAAAGGAGGGCUGGCUUUUAACCACUGCACAAACAACUGGCUCUCCCACAAGCAGGAUCAUCUCUUCCUGGCAGUACCUGGGCUUUCCGAAACACACAGAAAGAAACCAACGUGGUGCUGGGUCUUGUUUUGUUAGUAAACUUGUUAUUUUCAGUUUACUUUUUUUCAUUUUGUGACAUAUUUUGUUAUUCUUUGUGACAUACUUUCUUACGUGUUUCCAUUUUUUAAAAUAUGCCUUAUUUUCUAUAUAAAAAUAUACUAAAUAGAUGCUGCUCCACCCACACAAAAUGUACAUACUCCGCUGGCUGUUGAGAGAGUUCCUGGUACACAUUUUUAUUCAGUUACUUAAAAUGAUUUUUCAAUUAAAAUAUAUUUUGCUACUAAAUAA